UCUUGUCGGUGAAGGACUGAGGAAACAUGCACUAGAUACGACUUUUGUAGACUAAAGAGCUACCAAAAUACUCUGAAAUUUUUACAUUGUAGCCUUUUAACCAAUUUGUUUUUGUUGCACAGUGAACUGAAUUACCAAUAUACAUCACAACAGACCCCAAAAAUUAUUUUUAACAAAUCUGUGGGGGGAUUAUUAAAGUCAGUCACAAGGUUCUAUAAGGAACCAAAAAAACCUAUUCUGUGAUACUGCUUUAAAGGCAUGUUUAAUUUUUUUUUUUUUUCAGAAAUGUAAUGUAACUGUGAUAAAUACAUAAAUGAAAUGAAAGUGCUACCCUGAAACACAUAUGUUCAUAAUAAAAUAUUUGGGAUGUGCUCAUUAAUUCUGUUCGUUCCUGGAAGUUCCUGGAAGAUAGACUUUAAAAUGGUGUUUAAUAGGAGAAAAAAAGAAGAAGAAAGGAUCCCAAACAUAAGGGAUAUGGGUCAAGUUUUGCUCUUAGCUCCUAUAACAAAAUUCCAAAAUUCUCAGUCUCCAUUUUCUAGCAACUUUCAAUGUCAUUAAAAUAAAAUGUACAAGUAGUGGAGACAAGUGCAGCUUUAAGACAUCACGGGAGAGACAGCUUGGCUUAUCAGCAGUUUAUCAGAUGACGAGCACAAUGGCAUGGACUAAAGCGCUGCUGCAUCACUCUCUGUAUGUAGAGAUGAAGCGAGGGCUAAAUCUCACUGCACUUCAUUCAGAGUGGAUUUUUCCUUUAAGUAGUCAAAGUAUAAAGUAAUAAAGUAAAGUACUAUGUUUUAAGGUUAAAACAAAUUCAUGCUGGUUGUUAAUAUAAUUUUGUGUAAUCUGACACAGCCAGAAAAGAUGGGAUCCAAUAUACUGUUUCAUGGAUUUAAUUGCACGGACCUGGAAGUGGUGGUGAACCCAAACACACAGACAGCGAGUGUGUGUCAGCCCAGUCAGGUAGGAACACCUGUAGACAGCCUGAUAAGUACAGGUUUAAGUGACCUGAUUUUAAGUUUGCUUCUUCUUCUUCUUGUGUUUUCCUUCUUCUUCUUCUUCUUCUUCUUCUGCAAUACUCAAUGCUUGCAAAACAUCGCUAAAGAUCUGGAUUAUCAUGGAUCCAUGCUCGCCGAAUAUGUGAGUACUCUGGAUCAGAAGGCGAACUCGGAGUCUGUGAAGGAGCUCAAUUCCAUUACAGACUCGAUACGUAAUCUUAGGCAGAGAUCACAGAGAAGGUUUUACAAGAACAAAAUCUGGAAAAGUUUAAGGGGUAAAUACUUAUUGAAGGCUAUCAAUCUAUCUAUCUAUAGUUUUGUAGUCAUCUAUAAUGUUUUUCCACACCAGAGCUGCAAACUGCUGCCCAAUACAGAGUCUUCAAAAGAUAAGUGGAACUCCACUAACUCCUUCGAAGACCGUAAGGACCUGUGCAAACAGCUGAAGGGCUUCCAAGUGCGCACCAUCACCAUCAACCGAGCGCUCGGAUACAUCUGCGCAGGGGAGUAUAAGAAAUGAUUCUGCACUUCCACUACAAUCAUCAUCAUCAUCAUCAUCACCUUUUAAAAUCUCAAUCCCAACUGUUUUAUUAUUUAUUUAACAUAGACUGUGUAAAACUCCGCACUACUACUUUGCAAAAUCUCCACAACCUUUAUUUAUUUCAUCUCUGUGAUAAGAAUGUAUAAGCUAGCUACAUCUCCAUGGUUGUCAACUGAGACCUUGUGGUGUUUUUAUAUGGU